CUUUAUAUCAUUUUACCCACACUCCACAAUGUGUCUGUCCACCUGAGACUCAGCCUAUCAGCCGAUGCCCUUGCGCUCACCUGCCGGGAUGGCCCAUCCGCCGCCGUACGAGCCGUUCUACUUGCCCCCGCCGCCUCCAGAAUACGUUUUCUCCGGCGGAGAGAGGAAUGGAAUCAACACACUGUUCAUCUCCGGCCUCCCCGACGACGUGAUGCCGCGGGAAAUCCACAACCUCUUCCGCCGCCGCCCCGGCUUCGAUUCCUGCCAGCUAAAAUACACCGGCCGCGGCAAUCAGGUUGUAGCAUUUGCAACCUUUGUAAACCAUCAAUCAGCAAUGGCAGCUCUGCAUUCUCUGAAUGGUGUUAAAUUUGAUCCUCAGACGGGCUCGACUUUGCACAUCGAAUUAGCAAGAUCAAAUUCGAGACGAAAACAUAAACCAGGAAGCGGUCCGUAUAUUGUUAUCGAUAAUAGAACAAAAUCUGAUGCGGAUGCUGGGGGAUCAUCGAGUGAUGGUGGCUUUGUUUUGUCCCAUGACAUUAACGAUCGUGUAAUUCAACUUUGGAUAUUUCAAGAUGGUGGUGAUUCAGAUGAGCCUGAAGCCAGUGAAGAUGAUUCAGCAGCUCACAAGAGCACUGAAGAACUGAACACUAGUGAGAAUGAACAAGCAGAUAAGAGAACAGAUGGUGCUUGCUCUACCUUGUUUAUUGCAAAUCUUGGCCCAAAUUGCACUGAAACAGAACUGAAGCAAUAUCUUUGUCAAUAUCAAGGAUUCAAUAGCCUUAAGGUUAGCGCAAGAGGUGGAAUGCCGGUUGCAUUUGCUGAUUUUGAGAGAGUUGAACAAGCAACCGAGGCAAUGAAUCUCCUUCAAGGAUGCUUGCUACCAUCCUCUGACCGUGGUGGAAUGCAUAUCGAAUACGCCAGGUCGAAAAUGAGGAAGCCCUAAACAACUCUACAUUUGAGAUAUGAAAAAGGAAACUUCACGGCGAGGCUCAAACCUGGGACUCCACUCUUGAUCGAAGCUCGUCGGGUAGGAAUGUCAUGUUUCCAAGCUACUCUGUAAAAUUGUAAUUCAAGGAUAAUUCUAACUUGUACCUUUUGUGUGUAUGAAACUAUCAAUUGCAGCUUUAGAUUGAGACUCCAUUUGCCUUUGGCAUUUUAUAAGAGUUAGAUUUUAGAUUUAAGGAUUAAUUAUUGAUAUGAGAUUCACAAGUAGGGCUGCAAACGGGUCGAAUCGAGUCUAGCAUUGGCCUUGGCCUUAUAUAGCAAGAUUGAUUUUUUUUAUUAUUAUUUUUUUU